GUGGGCGGAGCCAAGAGUACCGCCUAGAAGGCGUAGUCGGGAGCUAAGAAUGGGUGGAAUUUAGGGUGGGGCAACUUCGCGUUUUCGCUUCUACAGCUAUUUUGGCCUCCGUCGGCCGCCGUAAAAGGGGUUGGACUUAGUGUUCUCCCGCCAAUUUAAACGGGGAAUGGAACCCUAAGAGAGUAGAGGCGGUUGUGUGAGUCAGGAGGAGGGGCGAGGUUUUUGGGUGCUCCUGCCUAGGUUCUUCAGUUGCAGAAACCGGCGGGAGAGAGGUCGGAGUCGGUCCUUGCGGGUAGCGAGGGCCAGCUGAAGGCGCUUGUGUAUGGAGGCCUAGCCGACUCGGCUUGUCCCACAUUCGCUAAUCCGUUCUCCACCCUGCACCCAAAGUGAUUUCAAACCUCCCUUCAACCAGGUCACCCAGCUACCAGGAUAAAGAGUAGUUCCUGACGCAGGAAGACAGUCCCAGGAGCAUGUGGAGUGACAUUGAGCUGCUAACCAGUGAUGAUACAGGGAGCGGGUACUUGAGUGUUGGCUCAAGAAAAGAGCAUGGAACUGCUUUGUAUCAAGUAGAUUUGCUUCUGAAGAUCUCCUCUGAAAAGGCCUCAUUAGAUCCAAAGAUACAAGCUUGCAGCUUUAGUGAUGGGUUUGUUAUUGUAGCAGAUCAAUCCAUUAUCCUGCUUGACAGUAUUUGUAGAUCACUUCAAUUGCAUCUUAUUUUUGAUACCGUGGUGGAUGUGGUUGGCCUGUGUCAAGAAGGAAAGUUUCUUUUGGUUGGAGAGAGAAGUGGCAACUUACAUCUUAUUCACGUGCCAUCAAAGCAGACAUUACUCACUAACGCUUUUGUUCAGAAAGCUACGGAUGAAAAUCGGUGUACUUACCAGAAUCUUGUUAUUGAGAAGGAUGGAUCAAAUAAAGGUACCUAUUAUAUGUUGCUUCUUACAAACAGCGGACUUUUUUGUGUUACAAACCUUCAGCUUUUAAAAAUUCAGCAAGCAAUUGAGAGUGGAGACUUCAGUGCAGCAAAAAAGUUCCAAGGACAGAUCAAGUCCAGUUUUCUUUCUACUGAAAACUAUCAUACUCUUGGCUGUCUCAAUCUUGUGACUGGAGAUUUAGCGAGUGAAGUCCCUGUGAUAAUUGGGGGAAGUGGUAACUACACAUUCACAAAGUGGGAAGCAGACUCUUCCAGGAAGGGAAUGACCGUUAAGAACUUUGUUGAUGCAGAGAUUAUUAAAGGUGCCAAGAAGUUCCAGCUGAUAGACAACCUACUCUUCGUUCUCGAUACCGAUAACGUGCUGAGUUUAUGGGAUGUUUACACUCUGACUCCCGUGUGGAACUGGCCCUCUCUCCACAUCGAAGAGUUUAUCCUUACUACAGAGGCAGACUCGCCUUCCUCGGUCACCUGGCAAGGGAUUACAAAUCUCAAAUUAGUAGCUCUGACAACUACAACUAAUAAGAAGAUGAGAAAUCUCAUGGUUUAUUCAUUACCUGCAAUGGAAAUACUAUAUUCUUUGGAAGUAUCUGGCAUUUCCUCUCUGGUUCAAACAGGAAUUAGUACCGAUACUAUAUAUCUUCUGGAAGGAAUCUGCAAAAAUGAUCCAACACUGCCUGAAGACUCAGUCUCUGUUGUAGUACUCAGAUGUCUUACAGAAGCUUUGCCAGAAAACAGAUUGAGUCGGUUACUUCACAAACACCGAUUCGCAGAGGCCGAGAGCUUUGCCAUCCAGUUCGGAUUGGAUGUCGAGCUUGUGUACAAGGUCAAAUCAAGCGAUAUAUUGGAGAAACUAGCUCUGAGCUCUGUGGACACCAGCGAGCAGACCGAGUGGCAAACCCUUGUAGAUGAAGCCAAGGAGAACCUGCGUAGAAUCCAGGACGAUGAGUUUGUGGUGAACUACUGCCUGAAGGCUCAGUGGGUAACCUAUGAAACCACCCAGGAGAUGCUCAGUUAUGCCAAGACCAGGCUUUUGAAGAAAGAAGAUAAAACUGUUCUGAUUUAUUCUGAUGGCUUGAAAGAGGUACUAAGGGCUCAUGCUAAACUGACUACUUUUUAUGGAGCAUUUGGACCAGAAAAAUUCAGUGGUAGUUCCUGGAUUGAAUUUUUGAAUAAUGAAGAUGAUCUUAAAGACAUUUUUCUACAGCUCAGAGAAGGAAACCUUGUCUGUGCACAGUAUCUUUGGCUCAGACAUCGGGCCAACUUUGAAAGCAAGUUCGAUGUGAGAAUGCUUGAGAACUUGCUCAACUCAAUUUCCACACCAGUCUCUCUGCAAAAGCUUUGUCCAUGGUUUAAAAACGAUGUGAUCCCAUUUGUGAGAAGGACUGUGCCCGAAGGACAGAAAAUUCUUGCAAAAUGGUUGGAGCAAACAGCCAGGAACCUCGAACUAACCGAUAAGGCAAACUGGCCAGAAAAUGGACUUCAACUGACAGAGGUGUUUUUCACGGCAGAAGAAACAGAUGCUUUGGGGCCGGCAUCCCCUUGGCGCUGGGUCUCCCUGAAGGAUUAUCAGAACACAGAGGAAAUAUGUCAGUUAAAGACUUUGGUAAAUCAUUUGCGAGAGCUGAUCACGUUGCAUCGGAAAUACAACUGCAAAUUGGCCCUCUCCGAUUUCGAGAAGGAAAAUACAACCACCAUAGUGUUCCGAAUGUUUGAUAAAGUGCUGGCCCCAGAGCUUAUUCCCUCUGUCUUGGAGAAGUCUGUCAGAGUUUACAUGAGGGAGCAUGACUUGCAGGAAGAGGAACUUCUCUUGCUGUACAUAGAGGAUUUGCUGAAGAGAUGCAGCUCCAAGUCCACGUCGCUCUUCGAGACAGCCUGGGAAGCGAAGGCCAUGGCGGUGAUAGGGUGCCUGUCUGACACGGACCUCAUAUUUGACGCCGUGCUCAAGAUCAUGUAUGCAGCGGUGGUUCCUUGGAGUGCGGCCGUGGAGCAGCUGGUGAGGCAGCACCUGGAAAUGGACCACCCCAAGGUCAAGUUGUUACAGGAAAGUUACAAACUAAUGGAGAUGAAGAAACUUUUACGAGGCUAUGGAAUAAGAGAGGUGAAUCUCUUAAACAAGGAGAUCAUGAGGGUGAUCCGAUACAUUCUCAAACAAGAUGUCCCAUCUUCUGUGGAAGAUGCAUUAAAGGUGGCCCAGGCAUUCAUGUUGUCUGAUGAUGAAAUCUACAGUCUAAGAAUUGUUGACCUGAUUGAUAGAGACCAGGGCGAAGACUGUCUCCUCUUGUUGAGGUCUUUGCCUCCUGCCGAAGCUGAGAAAACUGCAGAAAGGGUAAUCACAUGGGCACGGCUGGCGUUACAAGAAGAACCAGAUCAUUCUAAAGAGGACCAAGCGUGGCGAAUAUCUGUAGCGAAGACCUCCGUGGACAUUCUGAAAGUCCUGUGUGACCUUCAGAAAGCUGACGUACAGAAGAAGGAUGAAUAUGAAGAGCUCUUGAAACUGUUUAAAGCGGUGGCCAGCUUGCAGGAGAACUUCGAGGUCUUCCUCGCAUUUGAAGACUAUAGCAAUAAGUCCCUGGUUGCAGACCUUCGUGAGCAGUACAUCAAGGCUCACGAAGACGCGCAGGCCAAGCACAAAGCCAGGAGUGCUCCAGAACCUGCGGCCGCAGAGGCGAAGACCCCGAGCACCGAGUCAAAGCUGCACAGACAGGCGCUGGCCCUGCAGGUGUCCACCCAGGAGCUGGAGGCAGAGCUGACCUUGAGAGCCUUGAAGUACGGGAAUGUCACAACAGCCCUGAAGAAAUGCAGAGACCUGUUUACGUACCACUGCAACGCCGACACCGGGAAGCUGCUGUUUCUGGCAUGUCAGAAGCUUUGUCAGAUGUUGGCUAACGACGUCCCAGUGACAGCACCUGCGGGGUUGAACCUUCCUGCCGAGAUACACAACCUAGCGUGCCAAGCUGCCACCCUCUGCAGUCCAGAUUUUUUACUAGAUGCUUUAGAGCUAUGUAAAUAUACUUUAACGGCGGUAGAACUUUCCAGACAAUGCCAAAUGGAUGACUGUGGGAUUCUAGUGAAAGCUUCGUUUGGAACUCAUAAAGAUCCAUAUGAAGAGUGGUCUUACAGCGACUUCUUCAGUGAAGACGGGAUUGUUCUUGAGUCACAAAUGGUGCUGCCUGUUAUUUAUGAAUUGAUUUCCUCGCUUAUGCCUCUCACCGAAAGUAAAAGACAUCCUCUGGAUUCCACGAGUUUGCCGUACUGCUCCAUCAGUGAAGGCGACAGCCUUCUUUUGCCUGUUAUAAACUCCAUCACUGCCCUGCUUCAGAACCUUCAGGAAUGCAGCCAGUGGGAGCUGGCCCUAAGAUUUGUGGUUGGUUCGUUUGGUACCUGUCUUCAGCAGUCUGUGUCAAACUUCAUGAAUGUCAGUUUGAGUGAGAAGUUAUUGGGCGAGACCACAUUAAUUAAGUCAAGGCACAUUGUUAUGGAAUUGAAGGAAAAAGCCAGCAAGUUCAUCAGGGGAACUGCUACGACACUCUUGCACAAAGUGUUUAAUUGUCGCCUGGUGGAUCUCGAUCUGGCAUUAGGGUACUGCACUCUCUUGCCCCAGAAAGAUGUGUUUGAAAAUCUCUGGAAGCUGAUAGAUAAAGCGUGGCAGAAUUACGACAAGAUAUUGGCAAUAUCUCUCGUGGGCUCUCAGCUGGCCAGUCUCUAUCAGGAAGUAGAAAUGGGGCUUAAGUUCCGUGAACUCAGUACUGACGCUCUGUGGGGCAUUCGCCUCGGCAAACUUGGGAUUUCUUUUCAACCAGUUUUCAGACAACAUUUUCUCACCAAGAAAGACCUCAUUAAAGCUCUUGUAGAGAAUGUAGAUAUGGACACAAGCCUCAUUCUGGAAUAUUGCAGCACGUUUCAGCUGGACUGUGACGCGGCUCUCCAGCUGUUCAUCGAAACACUGCUCCAGAACACGAGCGGCAGCCAAGGCCAGGGAGACGCAGGCGCAGAGCCCACCAAGCAGCGGCAUCCCAGACUCUUGGCCAAAGCCGUGGAGAUGGUUCCUUUGCUGACGAGCACCAAAGACCUGGUCGUCAGUCUCAGUGGGAUACUGCAUAAGUUGGAUCCUUAUGAUUAUGAAAUGAUCGAAGUUGUCCUGAAAGUUAUAGAGCGAGCUGAUGAGAAGAUAACGAAUAUUAAUAUUAAUCAGGCGUUGAGUAUCCUGAAACAUUUGAAGUCAUACAAAAGAAUUUCUCCUCCGGUGGACCUCGAAUAUCAGUACAUGCUGGAACAUGUAAUAACUCUGCCAUCCACUGCCCAGACUAGACUGCCUUUUCACCUGAUAUUCUUUGGCACAGCACAGAACUUCUGGAAAAUUCUCUCUACAGAACUCAGUGAAGAGUCUUUCCCAACUUUGUUGUUAAUUUCUAAGUUAAUGAAGUUCUCUCUGGACACCUUGUACGUGUCCACAGCCAAGCACGUUUUUGAAAAAAAGCUGAAGCCGAAGCUCCUGAAGUCGACACAAGCCAAGUCGUCAACCCUGAUGAACAAGGAGAUCACCAAGCUCACUCAGACCAUCGAAUCCUACCUGCUGUCCAUCGUUAACCCAGAGUGGGCCGUCGCCAUUGCCAUCAGUCUGGCCCAGGAUGUCCCUGAAGGAUCCUUCAAGAUGUCUAGUUUGAAAUUCUGCCUGUACUUGGCUGAAAGAUGGCUAGCGAAUAUCCCAGCACAGGAUGAAACUCGUGAAAAAGCCGAAGCUCUGUUGAAGAAGCUUCACGUUCAGUACCGGCGGGCAGGGACCGAGGGUGGGGCCCUAGCCCCCAAGCUUGCAGACCACUUGCGCAUGAUCGGGAAGCCGGCACACCUCAUCGUCCGUCUGUACGAGCACCCGAGUGUAAACGAACGCAUCCAGAACUCGUCUGGCAAAGAUCAUCCCGAUAUUCACGCAGCAGCUAAAGAAAUCGCCGACAUCAAUGAAAUCAACUUGGAAAAAGUGUGGGGCAUGUUGAUGGAGAAAUGGCUUUGCCCUUCCACAAAGCCUGGCGAAAACCCAUCAGAAUUAUUUGAACUUCAAGAAGAUGAAGCACUACGAAGAGUCUUCUAUCUUCUUCUGUCUUACCCGAUCGACUACAGUUCAAGAAUGCUGUUCGUAUUCGCAACGUCGGCUACAAGCACGUUAGGCACGCGUCAGUUAACGUACGCCCACCGAGCCCGGGCGCUUCAGUGUCUCCUCCACCUGGCUGACAAGGAAACUGUAGAAUCGCUCUUCAAAAAGCCCCUCGAAGAAGUGAAAUCUUAUUUGAAAUGUAUAACUUUUCUGGCAUCAUUUGAGACUUUGAAUAUCCCUAUCACAUACGAGUUGUUUUGCAACAGCCCUAAGGAAGGUAUGAUUAAGGGCCUGUGGAGAAACCACAGUCAUGAGUCCAUGGCGGUGAGACUGGUGGCUGAGCUUUGUUUAGAGUACAAAAUCUAUGACCUGCAGCUUUGGAAUGGACUCCUGCAAAAGCUUCUUGGCUUCAGUAUGAUUCCUUACCUAAGGAAAGUGCUAACAGCCAUUUCCAGUGUCCAUUCUUUAUGGCAGGUCCCCUACUUCAGCAAAGCGUGGCAGCGUGUGAUACAGCUACCGCUCCUGUCAGCCUCUUGUCCUUUGAGCCCCGGCCAGUUAUCCGACUGUCGUGAGAGUCUCGUCGCUGUCUUAGAGUGUCCGGUCUCAGAUGAUCUCGACAUGAUCGGAGUCGCCAGGCAGUAUGUCCAGCUAGAGCUUCCGGCCUUUGCACUGGCUUGUCUGAUGCUCAUGCCCCACUCAGAAAAGAGACACCAGCAAAUCAAGAACUUUCUGGGCUCCUGCGACCCCCAGACUGUGCUACAGCAGUUGGAAGAGCACAUGAGUGCCGGCCAGCUGGCGGGGUUUUCACAUCAGGUUAGAAAUCUGAUCCUGAAUAACAUCAUAAAUAAGAAGGAGUUUGGUGUUUUGGCAAAGACAAAAUACUUCGAAGUGUUGAAAUUGCACACGAUAAAUACCAACAACGUCAGGGAACUAGUAAACUAUUUGGCAAAUGACUUAAGUGUAGAUGAAGCCUCAGUCUUGAUAACCGAAUAUUCCAAACACCGUGGCAGACCCGUGCCGCCCGACGCCGCGCCCUGCGAGAUCCUGAAGAUGUUUCUUAGUGGAUUAUAGUAAAUUGCGGACCCUUUUGUGAAGGACAAGAGGAAGCGUGGAGUCUACUCUAAAUGACCAUAUUUAUUCUAGUUUUAAGUUAUGUAAUCUAUGUUAGAGCUAGUUGUCUAAUUGUUUUCCCACGAUUAAUAACUAAAUGCUCAGUAUAACGUAAUUGCCCCAUUAAAAACGUAUGUCUUGAAUGAAUAAGUCUUUUCACUCCUGGUUACUUGUAUAACUUACAGACUACCAGCUGGUUGCACCAUGCAUGAGAGACGAAACGCAAACCGUUUGCUCUCCCCCUCAAGAAAAGCAUCUCCUUGUAUCCUAUUCCUUUCAUAUAUUAAAAUAUCGGUCGUUCUAAAACAUUCUACAUAAAUAUUUAUAUAAUUUUAGUGACAGAAUGCGUCAGUCCGUGGCCAGUCAGGAAAAUGGAAACCGCUCUGGAUAUGCCUAGCAGAGAUCUAAUCCCAGGGGUUGGUUAUAAAAAUAUGAAAGGAUCGCAAGAACGGAAGAGAUUAGGGAGGAAGAAGCUAGAGAACAGGGAAGGGGUUGUCAUCUGAAGACCUGGACCAGCUCCUGCCCCAGUGUUAAGCCCACCUCUGCCACGGAGCUGUGGGGGCUGCCAGUGCAGAGGAGUCAGAGUCUCCACCCACCGACACCACCACCAUGUCUCGCCACCACUGCCACGGCCAGGACACCGCCGAGCAGGAAAAGAAAAUCACUCUGCUCCUUCAUCCUUCUAGUUCUUGUGCUAGGACCAAGAAAUGGCAGAACCCAACAGAAAACCCUCUGGCUAAGAGCGAGUCUGGGAGGACCUGUCUGCGGGCUAUACGCCCAGCAGUACAGAGAAUGGCCUCCAGGGGCACUGUGGAGCUGACAGCCUGCUCGCAGCCGCAGUCCUGACGCCUGGCAGUCCGCCUUGGAGGUGACAGGCCGUGCUUGU